CAUUUGUAUUAUCACUGCGCAUGGCCAAUUCCCAAACGAGCCUCUCCCUUCUACGACGCUUCAGUCUGCCCUCACAUUCUGCGCUUGCGUAUUAUCAACCUAGCGGCUGCAGGGUAGGGCGAAUCGGUGGGAGUUAGCUUGGUGUGUAAUGGCGGCUUCGGUGUUGCUGUCUGCGGAGAACACCGGACCGACUUUUGCGGUCGGCAAUUCUGGAGUGGUCGGGUCUCCCGGUAAUGGAGUAGGGGCACCGGGUCCUGCGUCUUGGAAUCGGUCUCUGGACAGGGCAUUAGACGAAGCCUCGGCAACUGGUUGUCUCAACCUCAGCGGCAGGAAACUGAAGGAGUUCCCGAGGAGCGUCGCCAACCACGACCUCACAGACACAACUCGGGCCGAUCUGUCCCGUAACCGUCUGCCAGAACUGCCCGUGGAGGUGUGUAUGUUUGUUUCUCUGGAACACCUUAACCUCUACCAGAACUGCCUGCGCUCAUUGCCUGAGAGUCUUCUCAAUCUCCAGGCCCUCACCUACCUGAACAUAAGUCGAAACCAGUUGUCGACCCUGCCCAGCCCGGUGUGCAGUCUGCCGUUGAAGGUCCUGAUUGCCUGUAACAACAAGCUUGUCUCCCUUCCCGAAGAGCUGGGCCAACUACUACAGCUCACAGAACUGGACGUGAGUUGUAAUGAGAUCCAGACACUCCCUCCUCAGGUUGGUCGACUGGACUCGCUGCGAGACCUUAACAUCCGCCGCAACCACCUGGCCCGCUUGCCCCCAGAGCUGUCUGAGUUGCCCCUGGUGCGUCUGGACUUCUCUUGUAACAAGGUGACAUCCAUCCCUGUGUGUUACCGCAACCUGCGCCACCUACAGAGCAUCGUGCUGGACAACAACCCACUACAGAACCCACCUGCACAGAUUUGUAUAAAGGGGAUGAUCCAUAUAUUUAAGUAUCUGAACAACGAGGCCAGCAAGACUCCACCUGAGCUCCCAGACUACGACAGGAGACCCCUCCCCUUCGGAUCCUGUGUGGAGGAGCUAUACCCUGGCCGGCCGUACGGCGCACUGGACUCUGGCUUCAACAGCGUGGACAGUGGAGACAAGAGAUGGUCAGGCAACGAGCCCACAGAUGAGUUGCCGGACCUGCCACUGCGUGUGGCAGAGAUCACCAAAGAACAGAGACAGCGGAGGGAGAGGGAGGAGCACAGGACAACUGGCUCCCAUCCUGUUACCAACGGCACAUUAGAGGGAGAGCUGGAGCAGAUAGACUUUAUAGACAGUUGUGCAGGAGAGGAGGAAGAGGAGGGUAGGAGAGGAGAAGUAGCAGAAACCAUCAGCCUCAGCUCCCAGUUCAUGGCAUACAUCGAGCGCCGCAUCACUGGAGAGAGCUCUCCAGUCAAGUCCAACUCCUCCAGAGACUCAAGGACAGACGACCCGAGGCGACACAAUUCUCUGCAGAACAGGACUGUCCAUGAUCCAACCUCUUCUACCUCUCAUAAUCAGAGAGGGUCAGGGGCUGGGGUUGGUGCAGCUCCGAGCGUGGAGCGCGUGCGGAGGAUGGCCCAGUUGGCCGCCCUGCGGUACGAGGAGGAGAGGCAGAAGCCACGCUCAGUGCAGCGGGACGCCGUCAUGACCUACGUCAAGCACAAAGUGUCUCAAAGUCCUACCAAGCUGAGUCCCACAGAGAACGAGAACGCGUACCCCUCCAGGCGUUCCACCCACACGGACGACUCGGCCCUCUUCAUGAGCGAGUACCAGCCUCGCAUGGUGUUUGAGAUAGACACUGACACCAACACCAUAAAGAGGAAGCCUGGCACUCACAAGCAGUCUCUUACUGUGUCUGGGAUGUCCAUAGAUGGGUGUCUCUCCUAUCCUGCCGAUAUUGCCCCAACUUGUCUACUGCAGCAGGGCGAGGAUCGCUGCUCCUCCCUGUCUCCCACAGCCCUCCAAUCACCUUCUUACCCCGGCCCUGUUACUCCGCCCUCCUGCUGUGGACCCGCCCAGCGGCCGGACAGCUUCUUGUUUCGCCUCAGCCAGAAGGAAGAGCAGAGGAGAGGUGAUGGUGCCGCCCCCAGGCCAGAGCCUGAAGAUGUGACCCCUACCCAGGCUCAAGGCCCCAUGGGAGAGGAGGCUGCUCUGGUGGAGCAACUGCGGAAGAACAUAGAGUCACGUCUGAAAGUGUCCUUGCCAAGCGACCUGGGGGCAGCACUGACCGACGGGGUCGUCCUCUGCCAUCUGGCAAAUCACGUGCGGCCACGAUCCGUACCCAGCAUCCAUGUGCCCUCCCCUGCUGUGCCCAAACUGACGAUGGCCAAAUGUCGGCGGAACGUGGAGAACUUUCUGGAGGCGUGUCGCAGGAUCGGGGUUCCACAGACCCAGCUGUGCCUGCCCCUCCACAUCCUGGAGGAGAGAGGGCUCCCCCAGGUGGCCGGGACGGUGUGUGCGCUCCUGGAGCUGGCCCCGCCCAAACACACAACUUCCCCCCCCACGACCAUUACUACCCCUCUGGCCAUUUAGUGCAGCGGAGUUCCACAUUCACUCUCAUGGAUGGACAGACACAGGACCCACUCUCUCCCUCUCCGAGGGUAUGUUACAUGACUUUCCCUCUCGACCACCCCUGGCACAAGGGUGUGAAGAGAAGACACCCUAAAAAAUGCUACCCCGUUUUCCCCCAGCCUCCUCAGCCAUACAGGGGCACCCCAGCCUUCCCAGACAGGUCUUCCCCAAUGGAGAGAGAGGGAACACAAGUAGGUAAAAGAAUGGGUUGACUGUCUUUCCCCCAGUGUCCCCACACAGACUGCUUAUGACUUGCAGCCUCUAAAGAGAGACAGACAACCGAGAUUGUUCCAGACAAACGGUCAGUUGGACGGCAAGGAAGAGUGUUCUUUUAUUUUCUAAUAUUAGUCAGUUGUCUUCUCUCACUUCUCCAUCCUCCUUUUACUGAUGUUCACCAGGGAUUGUUUUAUUUUACACCAUUACUAUUAUUAUUGCAUCUCAUUUCUCAUAUUCAUUUUACUGUCACAUGUCAGAUCCUUGCAGGUCAGCGGGGUCAGGUAGGGGGAAGGGUUCGGAGACUAGGAACUUGUUGGUUGUCUAAGUAACACAGUCAUGUGAGCAACAGUCACGUUGAUGCUGCCAACACUUACAAUGGCUGUUAUGAAAUGAACCACAUUUUUUAUUAUGUGGUCAAAUCACAAGCUAGCUGAUUCAAAAGCGAUGCUGGAGUAGAAAGAGAGAGGGAGCUCUGGGAAUCUCUGUUUCAUUCUUUCUCACAAUGUUGUGUACAAAUAUAUACUGAGUGAACAAAACAUUAGGAACACUAUCCUAAUAUUGAGGUGCACCCCCUUUUUACCCUCAGAUCAGCCUCAAUUUGUUGGGGCUGAGGGAUGCUGGCCCAUGUUGACUCCAAUGCUUCCCACAAUUGUCAAGUUAGCUGGAUGUCCUUUGGGUGGUGAACCAUUAUUGAUAUACACGGGAAACUGUUGAGCAUGAAAAACCCAGCAGUGUUGCAGUUCUUGACACUCAAAUCUGUGCGCCUGGCAUCUACUACCAUACUCAGUUCAAAGGCACAUAAAUAUUUUGUCUUGCCCAUUCACCCUCUGAAAGCCACACAUACACAAUCCAUGUCUCAAGGUUUAAAAAAUCCUUAUUUAACCUGUCUCCUUCCUUCAUUUACACUGAUUGAAGUGGAUUUAACAAGUGACAUCAAUAAGGGAUCAUAUCUUUCACCUGAUCAGUCUGUCAUGGAAAGAGGUGUUCCUGAUGUUUUGUACACAGUGUAUAUGGGUCAUUAUACAGAAGUGGUGCAAAUUGGGGGUUGGAAACAAUUCACAUUUGUAUCCUAUUUUCCCCAAACUUUCUGCACACGUCUUCCAGCAUAUGUCAGGGAGAUAUGUAUACAUACACACACACACACUACUCACACUUUGUAUUGCAUAUUUGAAAUCUUUACCUUAACACUAGAUGUCAUUUCUGGAACACAGUGUAAAAGGGAGAACCAGCAGAGUAGUGAUACUUUUGAUUAACCUUAUUACACAUUCAUUUAAGAAAUGAUUUGCAUACCAAAUUAACAAAAUAACCUGUUUCAGUGUCAAUAGAGGACUCAGAUGGAUAUAAUUUGUUUUAGUAUAGACAUUGCUAUUGAGGGCUUCAACCAUUUAAAAGUAGUGAACUGGGUGUGUAUUGCUAUGGGUUCGGAGUUCAGCCAAUGAUCAGACAGCAUUGUCUUCUUCAAAUUGAAAACCAAAGACGAAAGUAAUAUCAAGGAGCCAAGACUGAUAUUUAUACCAGGACAUUGGUCCCAAGAUCCAGACCCAGUGAGUUGAGACGAUGACAAAUAAAGACCAAAUUUGCGGUCUUGAGUGUUUUAUGGGGGGGGCUCAGUCUGGCUUUCAACUUACCCCUUAAAGUCGUAGUAGUGUAUUGCACAAGGUGCCAUUUUGAAAGUGGAUAGUGCAAAAGCAGUUUCUCUUGUCAUUGCAGACUUUAGAGAACUGUCUAUGUCAGAAAUGUCCAGAUCAACUAGCCCAUGUCAGCUAAAAUAUUUUAGCAAUGUUUUUUUAGACUAUUGAUUUGCAGGAAAUAGGAUUUAAAAUGGCAAAAUGUUCUCUCAGCCAACAAGAGGGGUGUGAACAGUUUGUCAGUAAUGUUCUUGUGCCACAGAUGUUCCCCAAUGCUGGAAGGGGGCCUGAGUAAAAAGUUUGGGAACCCCUGCAGUAUAGCAUAGUACAUUAUAGACGUUUAUGUUUUGGGUAAAUCGAUGCUAAUGUUUGGGGUCUUGGAUGGUUGGAUCGCCCUGCUGGAUAUGCAUCUCAAUACUCUACACUUUUUUCAUAAAGUGUGGACUUGUCCCCUACCCACAUGGUGGCCCUCUUGUAGCUCAGUCGGCAGAGCAUGCCGCGUGCAACUUUAAAAUGGAGAUAGCUUCAAUGGCACUGCCCAUGCUGUCAGACGCCAUAAUGGUACAAAAACGAGACCUCUAUAUAAACAUCCCUUUUUCAGGACCCUGUCUUUCAAAGAUAAUUUGUAAAAAUCCAAAUAACUUCACAGAUCUUCCUUGUAAAGGGUUUAAACACUGUUUCCCAUGCUUGUUCAAUGAACCAUAAACAAUUAAUAAACACGCACCUGUGGAACAGUCGUUAAGACACUAACAGCUUACAGACGGUAGGCAAUUAAGAUCACAGUUAUGGAAACUUAGGAUACUAAAGAGGCUUUUCUGCUGACUCUGAAAAACAAAGAAAGAUGCCCAAGGUCCCUGCUCAUCUGCGUGAACGUGCCUGAGGCAUGUUGCAAGGAGGCAUGAGGACUGCAGAUGUGGCCAGGGCAAUAAAUUGUCCGUACAGUGAGACGCCUAAGACAGCUCUACAGGGAGACAGGAUGGACAGCUGAUCAUCCUCGCAGUGGCAGACCACGUGUAACAACACCUGCACAGGAUCGGUACAUCCGAACAUCACACCUGCGGGACAGGUACAGGAUGGCAACAACAGCUGCCCGAGUUUCACCAGGAAUGCACAAUCCUUCCAUCAGUACUCAGACUGUCCGCAAUAGGCUGAGAGAGGCUGGACUGAGGGCUUGUUGGCCAAUUGUAAGGCAGAUCCUCACCAGACAUCCCCAGCAACAAUGUAGCCUAUGGGCACAAACCCACUGUCACUAGAAAAGACAGGACUGGCAAAGGGGGCUCUUCACUGACGAGUCACGGUUUUGUCUCACCAGGGGUGAUGGGUCAGAUUUGUGUUUAUCGUCAAAGGAAUGAGCGUUACACCGAGGCCUGUACUCUGGAGCGGGAUCGAUUUGGAGAUGGAGGGUCCGUCAUGGUCUGUGGCGGUGUGUCACAGCAUCAUCGGACUGAGCUUGUUGUCAUUGCAGGCAAUCUCAAAGCUGCGUUACAGGGAAGACAUCCUCCUCCCUCAUGUGGUACCCUUCCUGCAGGCUCAUCAUGACAUGACCCUCCAGCAUGACAAUGCCACCAACCAUACUGCUCUUUCUCUGCGUGAUUUCCUGCAAGACCGGAAUAUCAGUGUUCUGCCAUGGCCAGCGAAGAGUCCGGAUCUCAAUCCCAUUGAGCACGUCUGGGACCUGUUGGAUCGGAGGGUGAGGGCUAGGGCCAUUCCCCCCCAGAAAUGUAACAUCUCACAGCAAGAACUGGCAAAUCUGGUGCAGUCCAUGAGGAGGAGAUGCACUGCAGUACUUAAUGCAGCUGGUGGCCACACCAAAUACUGACUGUUACUUUUGAUUUUGCCCCCCCCUUUGUUCAGUGACACAUCAUUCCAUUUCUGUUAGUCACAUGUCUGUGGAACUUGUUCAGUUUAAGUCUGUUGUUGAAUCGUGUUAUGUUCAUACAAAUAUUUACACGUGGUAAGUUAGCUGAAAAUAAACACAGUUGUCAGUGAGAGAACAUUUCUUUUUUUGCUGAGUUUAUAUGGUGUCAAUUGUUUUGGUUGUGACUGUUUCGGACUUCAAAGAAUCCCCAUAGCUCUCUAGAUGUACAUCCCACCAAACAUGUAAUUAAUGACACCAAUUCAAAAUAGAUGAUUUACCAACUUGCUCACUCAUUUUCUCCAAAAGGUGCAAGGUGGUGAUACUUGUAGGGGUGUGGCUUAAGGUACAUUAAUUAUAAUUGUCUUUUAAUGUGUGCGUUUCAGUAGUGACAUCAAAAGGUGGGACAGCAUUUUUUAUAGAAAGAUGUUUAGUACAAAUGAGAUCAGUAUCUUUCAAUGUAAUAAUAGAACAAUUCAAGAUGUUCUAUUGAAAUAAUAAAAACUACUGAAAUGCUUUAUUUUCAAACAUGACGUUUAGGAAUCGGUGUAGGACAGCCAACUCAAUAGAAAUAGGUGUAUAAAAAAUGACUUUGUACUAUACGAAUUGAACUAUAUUUGUUAUUGCCUUGGAUUGAAAUACAACACAUCAUUAAGUAAAUAAAACAUUUUUCUUUAUAUAUAUAUAUAUCGUUUUUGGGGGGUGGGACUGCAAUUUGCACCACUUCUGUAGAAUCACUCGUAUAUAAAGCUUCAAUUUAUGUGUUUUGCCACAAGGAGUUGCAGUCUCGUGUAGCUACAUUAAUUGGACACAGCACCCCAGGGUGUAGGUAGACACUGUCCCUAAGUGCUGUGCCAGGGCAAAUCAAAUAAAAAGUUCUAUAAGAAAACAAGCCUCUUAAAAGGUUUGUGUUUUUUAGUGGGAUUGGUUCAAGCUGAUCCUAGACCAGCGUUUACAGGCAAGUUCUUCCUUGAGUGCAGCUCAAUCAAGUCUCUUAUCAAGGGCCUAUGUAUGGGCAGGUUGACUGACAGCAUGACAUCAUAGCCUGCACCUUUGCAUUCGUCUCCCGUGUUUCUAUCCUGAAGUAACGGUUCUUACUUAUUAUUGUCCACUCUAGUGAUGAGCGGUUGGGGCUGGCCAGGGUCUGGGGCUAAACAUACACUAACUUUGUAGAAAAGAAAAGUCUGUUUUAUUUUUGUAUUUUUUACAAACCACCUCAUCACCUUCACAGUUGAGUUCAACAUGGAGAGUUGAGACCAUAGACAAGUAGUCGUGAAUAGGACACUGUCUGCAUCAUGCACGGAACUCAUCUUUUAUCACUACAUGUUGCUAAAUUUGCAUGAGAUUAAAAGCAGUCUAUAGAUUUUGCUAUUGACAGUGUUCAAGACACCCUUCCGAUUCUCAUGAUCAAGUUGUUUUUAGUGUAUGGUUCAAUCAUUUUUUUAUGGACACAAAUGUGGCUCUUGCUGCACACGUUGCUAAGUUGGUCUGUUCAUUAGGCGCCAAACAGAAGAUAAAAAAACAGGGACUACCUGUUUUUGUACAAUAAGAAAUGUUCAUUUUUGUUAUCCAUUGCAAAAGAUUUUCAGUUGCAGUGUUACCUACAGAAAGACAGGUUAACGGACUGACUCUUAGUCCUGAGGCAGACACAACCUCUCGUUCCCAGGGAGGGGGACGAGGGAGUGCUAGCCACAGAGCUGACAAUAAUACUGGUCAGGGCUGACCCGAGGACAACUGAUUGAAUGGGUUCUUGUUGGCAGAUUCCCAGCCUCCCUUUUCAGAAUUCGUAUUCUAUCGAAAAUCAAGUUAAAAUGGUAAUAUCUCUAUGUAGGCAGCCUACAUAGCUUUUACUGUAAGGAUGUGCAUCGAUGUAGGCUGGGAUUCUGCCUACAUAGCUUCUGAAGGGAAAAAAAUAUCAUUGGUAUGUUUUUACCAUGAACUUAAUUUUGGAUAGUCUGAGUUGUGAAAAGGGAAGUUGAAGGUGUAUAAAUAUAAAUGUUUUGUAUAGAUAUUUUAGUGUUUUUCCCCCCUGCCUGACUUGGACUUUCUCCAGCAGAAAUCAUGUGCCCCUACUGCUGGGUCUGAACCCUGUGACAUUUGUACAGUAAAAUAGAUGCAUUCCAUUUGUUUACAAGUAUGUACUACUUCCCACAUACAGAGAGGACCUUUUUAAUGACCGUAACAUGGUCUUUACAUUUUUACAGUUUGCUGAAAUUGUUCCCGAAAACUGAAUUAUUUUCUGGAAUUAAUAUUUGUCUUUAUCGUUAAAGUGCAUUAAUAAAAGUUUCCCAUUUCAGUC